AUGGUUGGGUCCGCCUUUGCCGCAUCAGUCAAGCUCACAAACGCCAAAUCAUCGACAACGCUGAUCACCAAAGACGCACCGCACCUCCGGGUUGCCGACGGCUGCGUUCUGGUCCUGGCGGUUGACUGUAUGGGCAACGUUGGUGACGGUUUGAAGCCAACGGGCAAUCCGUCUGGUGAGAGACUAGUCAGGGCCAGGCCCACGCGAGAGCAGCGAUCUUCAGGGACAGGUUCGCCAUCAUGUACGCAUGCCGCAUGCCGCAUGCCCAAGACAGACCCAUCAGCCCACCUCGGCCACCGACACAAGUCGUCCUACCAGCACAGCAUCACUUCGGCCCUCGACGCGGCUGCCCCGCUCUUCUACUACGAUUCCAAAUGGCCCAAGAUGUACGAGCUGUACUACGACACGCUCAAGGGUCAACAGGAGAGCCUCUUUAUUGUGGACUUGCCUUUGGUCGCGUGGGACAGCCCCCCGACUACGAUUCAGAAGGCCCUCGUCGCUGCCGACUUUGGGGACGAUGAGGUGGUGCUAUUCACUGAUGCCCACUUCAACGGCACUUUAUGA